GCACUCGCCCAGUUUGGCGCCCACCAGACAGUGGGGAAGGGGAAGGGGAAGAGGGUGAGGGUGGCAGGGUGGGGACAGGGAAUGGGAAGCAGUGGUGGGGAUGUGGGUGGUGCACCAGGGGGGAGGGCAGGGGACAAUGUCUGUGGAGAAGGGGGGUCUGUUUAGGUUUCCGCUCUUGGACGGGAGGGAGCGGCGGGGUAAGCAGCCUAGGAGGACUAGGGAGCUCCACAAGUCCCGCGGCCAGGGCGCCCCAAGCGAGGCCGAGGUCCGCGAACGGUCGCCACUGGAGCGGGGCUGCAAGGGGGUGCCGAUGCUGCGAGAGAAAACCUGGGGACCUUGGAACGGGCUCAUGGUAAUUGGGAAGAGAGUGGAGCUCCUGACUAGAAACACUCGAAAGCCGAAACUGGAGUCUGAGUACUGGAGACUGGAAGAUGUGGAAAAGACAGUCUUGAAAGGGAAGUCAGGCCCGAGUCAGGAAAGGAUGGAUGUGAAGCUGCUGUACCGUGGAGCAAGUGCAUCACAAGCUUCAGCAGAUUUGGGGAAAGACAGCCCAAGGGGGAUUUGGGGAAAGCAAGAGGUCAAACACGAAAUAAAGGCUAAAUCUAAGAGUUCAGGGAUGACAGCAGGGCCUAUGAAGGGGUCUGGGUUUGAAGAGAGGUUGAGGUCUGCUGGGGAGAAGGUAGGGACCAGUGGAGAGGACUUGAGAUCCAAUGGAUAUAAACUGGGACAGGAUGAGAAGGGGUUGAGGUCUAGUGUAGACAAGAUGAGAUCAAGUGUAGAGAAGCUGAGGUCUACUAGUGAGAAGCUGGUGUGCAAGGGAGAGAAGCAGGGGUCCAGUGGAGUGAAGCUGAGGUCCAGUGGCAGAAAGCUGAGAUCAAGUGGAGAGAAUUUGAGAUCAAGUAGAGAGAAGCUGAGAUGGAGUGGAGAGAAGCUGGGAACUAGUGGAGAGAAGCUGAGAUCAAGUGGAGAGAAGCUGGGAACCAGUGAUGAGAAGCUGAGGUUGAGUGGAGAGAUGCUGAGAUCAAGUGGAGAAAAGCUGGGAACCAGUGGAGAGAAGCUGAGGUUGAGUGGAGAGAAGCUAAGAUCAAUCAGAGAGAAGCUGAGGUUGAGUGGAGAGAAGCUGGGAACCAAUGAUGAGAAGCUGAGGUUGAGUGGAGAGAAGCUGAGAUCAAGCAGAGAGAAGCUGAGGUUGAGUGGAGAGAAGCUGGGAACCAGUGAUGAGAAGCUGAGGUUGAGUGGAGAGAAGCUAAGAUCAAGCAGAGAGAAGCUGAGGUUGAGUGGAGAGAAGCUAAGAUCAAGCAGAGAGAAGCUGAGAUUGAGUGGAGAGAGGCUGGGAACAAGUGAUGAGAAGCUGAGGUUGAGUGGAGAGAGGCUGGGAACAAGUGAUGAGAAGCUGAGGUUGAGUGGAGAGAAGCUAAGAUCAAGCAGAGAGAAGCUGAGGUUGAGUGGAGAGAAGCUAAGAUCAAGCAGAGAGAAGCUGAGGUUGAGUGGAGAGAAGCUGGGAACAAGUGAUGAGAAGCUGAGGUUGAGUGGAGAGAAGCUGAGAUCAAGCAGAGAGAAGCUGGGAACCAGUGGAGAGAAGCUGAAAUCAAGCAGAGAGAAGCUGAGGUUGAGUGGAGAGAAGCUGGGGUCAAGUGCGGAGAAGCUGAGAUCUAGUGAGGAGAAGUUAGGGACCAGCGGGGAGAAAUUGGAGGGUUCAAGAAUGGGGAGGAGCAUAAAUGAGAAGAACAUUGAAAAAGUGGUAGAAGUUACUGGCGAUGAAAGAGUGAUGGCAUUUACUGAUGAUGAGAAGGAAAUUCCUUUUGAAAGUGUCAAAGGGAGUGAGGAACUACAAGGGACUGAGAAAGGAGUGGGAGUUGAGGGGGGCAUCUUGAGUGAAGUGAAAGAUAUCACUGAUGAAUCUGUUUCUAUGGAAAAGAAAGAUAUUAUAGGUGAAGGUACCAGCGAAUGAGGCAGAUGAAGGAUUGACACCAAAGAAGGAAAGAGGCAGACAGGGGGAGUACUGAAAGUCAGAGGAGAAAUUAGAGCCAGGCAGAACAUUAUUGACACUGAAGGGGUAAAGUUGAGAAAGGAAAGGAGAGAGUCUGAGCCUAAAAUAAAAGAGAGUGGAAGAGAGGAAGAAGAGCUGCUGGGGCUGAAGGCAAAGGCCAGGAUCAAACGAAGCAAAGAGGAGUGUCUGGUUCAGAGGGAAGUGGGAACAUAUGGAGGAGAAAGAGAAGACUUGGUAACGUGUUGACAGAGGACACUUGGAUAUUGGGAGAAAAGCGUGACUGGGAGCUCAUAGGGAAAUGUUUGAGAAAAGGAUGGAGGAUGGGCUAGAAGGAUUUAGUCUGACACGUGAUGGGGUCUAUGAGAUGGAGAAUUGCAGCAGGAUAAAGGGUAGAUUUUGAGAGUUGUGGAAGAAGGUGCAGACUGAAGUGGGCAAAAUUUCUGAAAGAGGAGCCUGAAGAAUGAAGCACUCCCAAGUGACAAAAGCAGGAGAGGAGAUAAGAAAGAAGUGAGAAAAAGCAUAAGAAGCCACGUGCCAUAAUGGUGAUUGCGUUUGUUGAUCUCUGCCAUCCCGAGAUCAUCACCCCUAGCCUCCUCUGGAAACUCUCUGAGAGUUGGGGAAUUGUCUCUUUUAUAAGAGGCCUACACAGGCACGAGGUCAUACUUGGGCAGUUUUCGGCCUUAUGAAAAUCUCUCAGAUUGCACUGCACAGUAUACAAAUGAUGAACCAGACAACCACAAUCGUUCUUUGGAUUGCAUUUUCUCCUGAGAUAUCAGACAUAUUUCACCAGGGCCACAGAAAGAAAAAUGAAGACCAAGAUACCGUGACAAAUGCCAACUACCUCGUGACGGGGAAGAUGAUGCCAUCAGAUCUGUGCUUCACAUAGAGAAGUCCGGCUUCGAGAUGGAGUCACCGGGGCAUGGUGUGCGGGCACUCAGUAAAGUGGAGAUAUGAUUACUAGAUCAUUAUGGUAAGUAGUUCAGGCCUGGCAAGGUGGCUCAAGCCUGAAAUGCCAACACUUUGAGAGGCCGAGGCAGGAGGAUUGCUUGAGUCCAAGAGUUCCAGACUGGCCUGAGCAACAGAGUGAGACCCCAUCUCUACAAAAAUAAACAAAGUUAGCUGGGCAUGGUGGCAUAUGCCAGUAGUUGAAGCUACUCAGGAGGCUGAGGUGGGAGGAUCACUUGAGCCUGGGAGAUUGAGGCUGUAGUGAGCCUUGAUCGCACCACUGCACUCCAGCCUGGGUGACAGAGCAAGACCUGUCUCAAACACACACACACACACACACACACUUACACACACACACACAAAAUAAAUAAAUAGUUCAGGGUAGAGAGGAUGAGGUUAUGAAUUACAGCGGAGAGAGGAGGAAUAAAAACAAGACUUGAGAGAGUGUUAAAAGUCCCAUUUAACAGAAUUGGCUGAUUAAUGUGAGUGGAUGGUGAGGAAGGAGGCUCCAGGCGCAUGGAUAGCAGUAGCUGACGUGAAAUGCUUACUCUGCAUUAGGCAUGUUACACACAUUAUCUCACUUAAUCCCACAACCGCAAUUGUAUUACUAUCCACAUUUUAUAGGUGGCUUUGAAGCCCGUCAGAGUGGUCAAUCGAAACGACAUAGCUAGUAUGUGUUGGUAGUAAGUGGUGGUGUGAGGAGGGUUUGGACCUAUGUGGUAGCUCUAGCAGCUGGCUGAGUCUUCAGUGCCAUGUGAUUGGGAGGUGAAGCGACCGCCCUAGUCAGCAGUGAAUGAAUGGCCGAUUCGGGCCAGAAGCCUGCUGGAACCAUCUUCUGCUCCGGAGAGCUCACAGUUAGGUGGCUCUGAUGCCACAUCGGCCAUAGAUGUGUUAUGUUUGCCCCAAAGAAUAUUUUAAGACCAUGUUUAGAAUUAAUUGGUACCUUUUUAAAAUGCAGAGAUUCACAUUAAAGAGUGAGUUUCUGGCUUUUCUUGGAAAAUGAGAGGAUCUGGCCACACUGGGCCCAUAUAGGAACUGGAGUUGCCUCUCUCUGUUUCCUUCAGCUGGGGCCUGUGCCCCCCUGUUGGCCAGGCCCCACUGGCCUGCCUGGGGUCCCUGCCACCUCCGCAGGCACCUGGGUCUGCCUUUCUGCUGUUCUGUCACGAGGUGUGCCACUCAGCUUGGCUUUGAAGCCAGGCUGUGUUUGUGCAUUGAAUGCACACCAAGCCCAGGCCACUGAUGGCUAAAUACCUUUUCUGAAUUGUAGGCAAUAUAAGAUAAAAACAUGCUGCGGGAAGUGAGAAAAACUACAUGCCCACCCAUGCUGAGUGCCCACAGGAGGCGCAAGGGUAGUGCAGGAAAAAGGCAAAUGGCCAUAGUUCCUGAAACCAGCAUAAAUUAAAACAAAAUACAAAUCAUACCCUGGCAAAUGGCAAGUAACAGCCUAUUGCCAGUAUGCAAAUCACGUUGUGAUUUUUUAAAAUUUGUUUUGUAAUAAAUAAUUUGUUUGAAUUUUGAGCUGCGUACUUUGGACAUAUGAUAAGGAAGCUGUGGGGGAAGAUUUUGUGUGUGUGUGUGUGUGUGCACACGCGCGCACCUGCGCAUGUUUGUUUAUGGGGGUGUGGACCACAGUUUACAAAGCCUGGAGUUUUCUAUAGAAAUUCAGUUUCAGAGUCUGGGUGCAGUGGCUCAC